UCGUUCUCAUCCAUCCAUCCAUCAAAACAACAAAAAAAACCCAAGUUCUCUUUUCCAUAAAUUAUUGUUCUCUCUACCCGUCUCAAUUUUCCCCAACUCUGGUUUACGUUCCAAGAUCAAAGCAAAAGAAAUAUCAAAGUGAAGGCAAACCGGAGUCAUCUUGAACCAGUUACUUCCUCUAAAAUAUAUUUGAAUCAUCGUGAAUGUUUUAAUGGAGUCGAAAGGUGGUAAAAAGUCUAGUAGUAGUAGUAGUUCUUUACAAUACGAAGCACCCCUCGGAUACUGCAUUGAAGACAUUCGACCAAACGGAGGAAUUGAAAAGUUCAGAUCUGCUGCAUACUCAAACUGCGUGAGGAAACCAUCCUACGCUAACCCACCAUCUCCAAUUGGUUUCGAAGGAUUUGAAAAACGUCUUGAGAUAACUUUCUCUGAAGCUCCAAUUUUUGUUGAUCCACAAGGACUCGGUCUCCGAGCCUUGACUCGUCCUCAGAUUGAUACAAUCCUUGAUGCUGCUAAGUGCACUAUUGUCGAUCAACUAUCUAACUCAGAGUUUGACUCGUAUGUUCUUUCUGAGUCGAGUCUUUUUAUCUACCCACUGAAGAUGAUCAUCAAAACUUGUGGAACUACUAAACUUCUGCUGGCGAUUCCACCGAUUCUUCAACUCGCUGAGUCACUCAGUCUAUCUGUAUUUUCAGUCAAAUACUCUCGAGGAAGUUUCAUUUUCCCUGGUGCCCAGCCUGCUCCUCACCGUAACUUUUCUGAAGAAGUAGCUGUUCUUAAUGGGUAUUUUGGUGAUUUAACAUCUGGUGGACUCGCUUAUGUUCUCGGCGAUCCAAUGGUUCCAGACCGUAAGUGGCAUAUCUACUCAGCUUCUCAUGACGUUGAAGAAGAAGAAGAAAAAACUAAAGAGUCCCCAGUAGUCACCCUUGAAAUGUGCAUGACUGGGUUGAACAAAGAAUGUGCCUCUGUGUUCUUCAAGAAGUCCGCUGAUUACACUGCCAAAGAAAUGACUAAUUUGUCUGGGAUUAGUGAAAUUUUACCUGAAUCCAAGAUCUGUGAUUUUGAUUUCGAUCCUUGUGGGUAUUCGAUGAACGCCAUUGAUGGAUCAGGAUUAUCGACCAUUCAUGUGACACCCGAAGAUGGUUUUAGUUACGCCAGCUAUGAAGCAAUGCGAUUUGACACCUCUCUAGUUGAGUUCAAACCAUUGAUCAAGAGAGUUCUGAAAUGUUUCGGUCCAUCUGAGUUCUCUAUUGCUGUCACUUGUGACGGUGGUGUCGACACCUGGGGCCAAGAAGAUGCGGUAGAUGGAUACUCAUGCGAGAGUUCAGUGAAGCAAGAGUUGGCUGGUGGUACGUCUGUUGUGUACCGUUGCUUCAAAGCUGCCGAGAAAGAACGUGUUAUUUCCGCUCCAAUCAAGUCAUUCAUGUACUGCUGGGAAGAUAUCAAAGCUGUGGAGGAAAUAGAGAGCUGUGCUGUUUCUGUGGUAUAGGGUUUUGCUAUUGCUGAAGCAGCCCUAGUUUGUGUCUUAAAAAAAAUUCAAAGUCAGUCAAAGUUAGUGGCGAGUCAAGUCAAGAAAUCUGUAUUGUCUUUGUCAGUGUGAGGAGGGUGAUCUAGUAAUUCUUCCUAUUAUGGAAGGGUCGUUCCUUCUUGGGGUCUUUGUUAUUUGUUUGUGUGUGGAGUCUAUCUAGUUAAUGUUGGAUCUGGCGCUGUUUUGUCUCUAUGGCAAGACAAGUGUUUGUUUUCCUCAUUACUAUUAUAAUAAUAAAUAAAAGUGGCUUUGAGUACGAGUUUUAAUUAAAA